ACGACACUGACACCCCACGGGAUAAGGCCUUUCCCGAGAGAGGACGGACGGACGGAGCUAGGGGUUUGGAACGUGACAGCAUCUCGUCCUCCCCCACAGAGAUCUCUUGCUCUCUCGAUACCGAUUGCGCCCUCGAGAAGCGACGUGCGUGGCGAAUUCUCGUGGAUGUUAAAUUCGUGGUCGGGCCAGAUUUGGUUUCCGGAUGAUUGAAGCUGCUGGGAGGUGUAGAAGGUCGUUCCGGAUGCAGUGUCAGUCCUCGUCGUGGGGCUUCACCGUCAGGGAUUCGGUUUCUCUGCAGCUGCAUGUUCUUCGAAAAGGGAUUCGGCGGAGUAGAUUUUGACCGAGGUGGAGCAGAGGAAGAAUUGCGCGCAGUGUUCCGGUAUGAGGGAGCGGUGUACUUUCUAGCGCAGGAGCACUUCUUCUGAUGACGACAGGAGCGAUGGCUUUACAGGGCGUCAUGGAGCUCAGGGGCUUAGCGAUCGUGUUUCAUACUCCCAUCUCCUGUAGCGGGAGAGGGAAUUGCUGCUCCAGGGUGCAAUUCGCAGACGCUCCCGGGGCGGGUUUUCUGAAUCAGAUGAAGAACAGAGGAGAUGGAAGACCAGUUGCUGGAAGGGUUGUGAAAUGCGUCCAAGCCGUGGCAGAGGGGCCUCCUAGAGUAGACAGAUAUGAAAGAGGUGUAGAGGACAGGAUCCCGGAUGCGUCGACUUCGAAUGUGGAUCCAUUUUACAGUGCUUCUCUCGCAAAGCUUGUGAGGAGAGUGAAUCUUCUGCUGGAGCGAGUGUAUCCGCAGAGUAGUAUUCCAGAUUGUUUGAGUGAAUUGCAUUUGAAAUUCAUAAGUCCGUAUCUAGUACGAGAAGUACUGAAGAAUCAAAAGGACCCUUGGCUGUCGCUUGCGUUCUUCAGGUGGGCAGAAAACUUUCCUGACUACAAGCAUCCUCCAGACACAUAUGUCGCGAUGUUUUACAAGCUUGUCAACUCUAAGGAGAUUAGUAAGCCCGGGAAUAUGGAGGAAGCCAGAGCAUUGUUGACAGAUAUGAGUCAAAGAGGCUGGAACGUUAGUUGCAUCUACUUCAACAUUUUAAUUAGUAAAAUGUGCAGGUUGGGACAAACUGAGGCGGCGAAGAAGCUCCUCGAAGAGAUGAUAGAAGGAGGUCCCUCACCUGAUGUAAUCACCUAUUCCACUUUUAUCAGCGGCUUGUGUAAGGCUGGCCAAAUAACGGAAGCCUUCCAAGUCUUUGACACAAUGAAGGCCAAUAAUUGUGCUCCGAACACAAUUACCUACAAUACUCUCAUUCACCACGUAGGGAAAGUCGGUCGGGUUGGGGAUGGAUGCAAGCUUUUUCAGGAGAUGAAGAACUCAGCUUCUCGUCCGGAUUUGGUGACGUACACUUGCUUGAUUAGUGGACUCUGCAAGGCCGGUAGGAUAGAAGAAGCUCUGCACAAGUUCCAUGAUCUCAAAACUGAGGGUUUAUCUGCAGACGUAGUAAUCUACAAUACCUUAAUGGAUGGCUUAGGCAAGGCCGGCAGGACAGAGGAAGCAGGUGAACUGUUAGGGAUGAUGAAGGCGAAUGGGGUAAAAGCUGAUCUCGUGACCUACAACACGUUGAUUGAUGGUGUGGGCAAGGAGGGGAGGAUGGACAUGGCAUUCAGCUUCUUCGAGGAAAUGAAGGCGAGGGAAAUUGAACCUGAUGUAGUUACUUACAGUAUUUUGAUCGACGCAGUUGGUAAAGCAGGUCAUGCGGAGGACGCCAGCCAGCUCAUUGACGAAAUGCUCGAGUUAGGAUGCGCACCCAACUUAGUAACAUGGAAUUCGCUCAUCAACGGGCUUGUCAAGGCAGGUCAAAUCGACGAGGCGGAGAGGGUGUUCAACAAAAUGACCGUCAAUGGCUGCGUUCCGGAUGUUGUUACUUACAACUCUCUCAUAGAUGGCCUUGGCAAGUCUGGCAAGGUUGAGACCGCAUGUCAUUUGUUUAAGGAGAUGAAAAAUAAGUCGUGCACUCCGGACCUAGUUACUUACAAUUCACUUAUUAAUGGCCUUGGUCGGGCAGGUUAUGUUGAGGAGUCUUACAAGCUUUACGGGAAGCUAACUAACAAGGGGUAUCCUCUGGAUGUGGUCACGUACAACAUUCUAAUAGACAGCCUAGGCAAAGCGGGCUUAGUGGAGGCAGCCUGGGAGGUACUCGCGGAGAUGAAGGCAAGGAACUUUGAACCUGAUGUCUUCACUUACAACACGCUGAUCAACGCCCUCGGCAAAGCAGGCCAAGUGGCUGAGGCGUGUGAGCUUUUCGAGGAGAUGAAGCAGAAGAAGUGCGUUUCGGAUGUUGUCACCUACAACACCCUCAUACACGGACUUGGUAAGGCUGGCUUUGUUGAUAAGGCUUGGAAAGUUUUCGAGGAAAUGCAGGCAGACGGUUGCGUGCCAGAUGCUCUCACCUACGAUUCUCUUAUUCACUGUCUGAGAAAGGCAGGAAAGACGGACUUGGCUUUUACAGUCCUACGGGAAAUGGAACGGAAGGGUUUUCGGGCUAAAGCAGUCGUAAUUAACAACGUCAUCAACUCCCUUGUUCGAUCUGGACAGGCAGAAAAAGCUUCAAAGUUCCUAGACGUCUUGAGAUCUAAAGGGUUUGUUCACGUUAGUCCUGAGAAUCAUUGCUUAGAGUCGGCCUACCGUGAUUCAGCUGAUCAGAUUACUUUGUAAGAUUUGUACAAUUGAGGCAAAACUGGAAAUGGUGACCAUGCUUUGUCUGUGAACAUUUCAAAUCAUGAAAGUAUGCUUGUACUUAUAGUUUAGCGGGGUGUCAUAGCCCCUUUAUAAAAACAAUCAGGACAUCAGGAUACCUACAAUUUCGGGGACUCUACAUUGGAGCUGACCCCUCCUGUAGCUGGUGUGAGACUCACGAGGACGGAUGAGAAGCUGAUCAGCGAUGGAACCAGUCGCUGGUAGGACAUCGCUUGUUAUCUUGGGGUACGGGUGAAGACGGUGCAAGCACAUACACAAACAGCUUGAACAUGUCAGUUGGUUAGUUUGUCAUUGUACUGACGUUUUCAACCCUUGAGGUGUACUAGUAGAAUAUAACCAAGAGAAGUCGAUGGAUUUACGCGUAAAUGGGUUGCCUUGUUGUUGGCUUCUGAAGUGAGUCAUCAGCUACAGGAAGUUCUUGUGCCACUAGCUAAACAAGAUUCCUUACACGUACACGACGGUCAGCUUAUAUCAUAUUCAACUUCUGAAUUGGCAUUCAGGAACAGUUGCAAAUUUUUCUGACAUGUCAAGUCACACCCUGUCCUGUCUAAUUUGUUGAUUAGCGGUGCGAGCUUAUAGUUGACGUCAUUUUGUUCAGGCUCUCAUCUGCUGCAGGGUGAAUCUUGGAUCUCGUUCUAAUAUAAGUACGUAAGCUCAUUUUGUAAUCUAUGUAAUCAAAAGCUAGUCCUAUUCCCCGUGUCUUCAGAAGAAUAUCAGACUGUUGGAGAAGAUUUGUACCUGAAAUUGGAUAUGGAGACAGGUGUGUUGGACCGAUUCAGACCAGUGAUGUGAUUUCAGACCAGAUGAUCCUCAGGGGGAUCUCGUUCCAUGUACUUGGCUGCUUGGACUUGUUUUGUGUCGUACUUCCUGUUUGGUGGCCGAAGCUAGAUACUGCUUGUAAUGUCACGAGGAAAAGGUUAGCACUUACUUUUCAGCACACACAGCUAUGAACUCGAGUUUAGCACAAGUUUAAUCAGCGAGCGAAACAAGAGUCUAAGCACUGAUCUUGGAGCUUAAUGGGCGUAUGCAAUCUGAACUUUGUUGUAAACGGGUGUAAGGAGGAGAUUCGUUAUGUUUCUUCUCGUAAUAAACAUGGCCGUGGCCAAUAUGUG